AUGGUCCAAUCGAGUGCCAAAGAACCGACCUCAGUUGGGAGUGAUCAAACCUCGACCACCCUCGCACCCAGUCCAGCCAAUCAGUCGACCCUGCCCCACCCCAAUGUGGGGCGAUCAACCUCAAAGUCCGGCGUCGGUAAAUGCAUGACGGUGGAGGAGGCGAUCGAGGCGGCACGAAAAGACUGGCAGAACCGCAUGCAAGUUAUGGAGGUUGAGGGGGCAAGGUUAUCGAGGCGAAAUCAUCACGGUCCCCCGUGCCCUCGCUGACGAGCACGUGACUUUUGGCACCUUCAAUAGUCCGCGUCCAGCGACGAUGACGGCAAGAUGGACGUCGAUGACGACGGCAAGAUGCACGUCGAUGACGACGGCAAUGAUGAGGAGCAUCAAAAGGGCGACGAGGACAAUGAUGAUGCUGGUGAUGAGGAGGGCGGCAGCGGCAGCGGCGGCGAGGACGAUGACGACGGCGGCGGGGACGAUGACAGCGGCGAGGACGACGACGGCCAUGACAGCUCCAGACAGAACGACAGAGGGAGCGAAGAGAACGAUCACGAUCAGGGCGGGCUUGCGAGUGACGAGUCGAGGCUGUGUGCACCAACCUUCGCUGAAGUGGCCAUCUACGCGUGGGGCCUGGAAUACAGGGUUUCGCAGGAAGCCUGCUGCGCGUUGAUUGAGGGUUACAGAGCGAAUGCUUUGACGCCACCAAACUACCAAAGUCGUUUUCAACGCUGGAAACGCGGGUCAAGGCGCAUUUGUGCAUGUGCGUCAUACGGCGCCACGUCGUCCCGCGGAAAGCGUCCAAGACGACGAUUGCCAAGACCGGUUCGAAGGCGAAUCGCACCACAACAUCGGCGUACACCUUAGGCUUGAAGGAACAGAUCGAGCUUCGAAUUCUGGGAAAAUCCGCCCUACUCGGGAGCGGCCUCGGCGACUUCGCAGAAGUGCGGACGAACCUAUGGGAGCUGAGGGCGACGUCUGGCGCGAAAGCGUGGUGGCAGGUCGCGCGGCCUACCCUAUGGAGACAACAAACGGUGAGUGAUCGAGAUGGUGCGACGAGGAAGAACAACAUCGGUUGCCGGAAGCGUGUGAAUAGGUGUCAUGAUGGGUGA